AAAACAUUGACAUAUUAAGAUAAGUUAGAAACUAUGAUUGCUUAUCUCAGCACCUACGAGCUUCCUUACUAACUAAUGCGACCUACGGUUAUCAACUUCCAGCAAGCCUUACACAUACUCGCUCUUUGAAUUGCCGGUCUCUGAACAUCGUGAACUCUCUCACUUAUAUCACCUUGAUCCUGCUACAACAGCUGGCUCGGCCUACCGGUUCGUAUUCAGUUACAUACCCGAUACCCCAGACCCAUCAUGACAGCAGAGUACCCUCCUACCUCCAACCUUUACUCGGAUUUGACAGCCUAAUCCUAACAUAAAACGGCCUCGUUUUUCUAUCAUGGCUUUGGAUCUGCUGUCACGACACAAAUCACGAACACAUAACAGGGCGGCAGACAUGCAAUGUUCUAGCCCUGAUGCCUCCUGUGUGGCGGAGAGACCAAGUCCUCGACUUGGGGAUGGCUUGAGAGAUAUAAUCGUCACCACCAGUCGACAUCUCGGCCCGUACAUAGCGGCCACAGGUCAUGGACUUUCCACCAGUCCGAUCGAUUCUACCAACGCGAGUGACUUGUCUAUUGAUACCAACGGACGUGAUUCUGUGGAUAGGCAAGAUGGUUCCUCAACCCCCCUCUCGAGCUUUGAUAACUAUGAUACCUUGAGCGACUGCGAGCUGAACAUGUCGAGACCCCAAGCAUCGUAUCGCAACCUGCCAACCAAUGCAUCGUCGGAAGAGGGGGCUCGCCGGCCAAACCUGGCGGCUUCCAGGCGGGAUGAUAACUAUAGGCAGCCCUCCAUUGCGCAUGGUCUGGCUAAUACUAUCGAGACCUUGUCGCUAGGCCGACUUCAAGGGUCAUUUUGCGCUGAUACUUUGGACCGCCUGUCUCGUUUCCCAGAAGCUGCAUCCCACCCGGUAUUAUCCCUGGCACCUGUAGAACUUCAUUCUAUCGAAGCCUCUGCAAAUGUUCCAAUAGCGGGUAGCAUCCUCAUAGGGUGUUCAAACGAAAAGUCGACUUCUGAUGGAGCGAGAGAUAAGACCACAAAUCAUACAUACCUCGACAUAUGUGAAUCCACCAACAUUCCGUGCAGUUGUGGCGAUCACUCCGGUCAACCGCUUUUCACCAACCCGCCACGGACGCCAAAUCGGAUGUCCCCGGCUUCCACUACGCGCAUGUCUUUUCAAUCCAAGUUGGCAACCUAUACUAGUGGAGAUACACCAUCCAUACCCGGAUCACAGGCAAAUGUGCACGUUUUUGUGGAUAUAUCGAAUAUCUUUAUCGGGUUUUGCGAAACGUAUAGAGUUUCGAGACAGAUUUCGCGGAUGCGACGGAUGAGAGCACCGUUUUUCUCAUUCAAAGUUCUUGCCUGUAUCAUGGAACGCACCCGCUCUGUCACCAAACGAGUCCUCGCCGGCUCUGCGGAUAGUGGAGAUGCGCCCAUUCGCCACACGAAGUGGCCAGGAUAUUUUUUGGAGGCGGAGCAACUGAAUUAUGAUAUGAAUAUCUUCAGCCGUGUCCAAAAACAAAGAGCCCGACAGCAAAGGCCGACGCGACGAGGGAAAGCGUUGAGACGAGGAUCCUUGGGCUCCCCCUUCUAUGAAGCGGGUGUCACUAGUACCGAUGAGUCCACAGGAGAUGGGAUCCCCCACACCUUCGAAACUAGAAAUUGUGAGCAAGGUGUUGAUGAAAACCUCCACCUUAACAUGAUGAAUAGCAUACUGGACCACAUGUCUGACCCUGGGACCAUGGUGUUGGCUACGGGUGAUGCGGCACUGGCUGAAUUCUCGGCUGGGUUUUUCGAGUAUGCGUGUCGAGCGCUGAGUUUCGGCUGGAAACUUGAACUCGUCGCAUGGAGACGGAAUAUCUCCUCGUCAUGGACCAACCCGAGCUUUGUGGAGAGAUACAGUGACCAAUUUCGCAUCAUUUUUUUGGAUGAUUUCCUCGAAGAGUUACAUCUCAACUUCCUUCCGUAAGACUACCCGCGUCAUCACGCGCUCGGCAACGCCGCGUCAAUCUUUUCCCCUUCCCUUUCUCCGUUUUCUCCUCCCCUCUUCUGCGGGGAAAGGGGGAGAUGAAAGGAGGAGGAAAUGAUCAGAGGAGCCACAGACGUGUUUUUUCGUUCCCGCGUAGAGCGCUAGAGGAUACACAUCGGCGGCUGCUUGGCACGAACCCUACGAACGCUUCCUCGGCCACUCCCUUUGCCCGUAUUUACUACUACAUUGCGCCCGCCCCGAGUUAGACCGGGUGCGGCAUGCCGCCUUAGAUGCCCUCGAAUGCCAACAAGCUUGAGGCAGUCUCAACCCUUACACGCUCAGUGGAUGGGGUUGUUGAGGAUGGUUCGACGCGUCGGUCAAUACGAAUACUCCCACAUGGAUAUGAUUUUGCGCAGAUAACCUGAGGAGACAACGG